GGAGAAGCGAGAAGCCCGUGAGCUGAGCUGCUGCGGUGCUAGGGAGCCAGGGUUUCGUUUCGUUUCGUCUCGUCUGGCCCCUCUUCUCUUGGCGCGGCCAUGGACGCCUACGAGGCCACCAAGGUGGUGUUCUCCCGGAUCCAAGCGCUAGACCCGGACCACGCCGCCAAGAUCAUGGGUCUCCUCCUCAUCCAGGACCACGGCGAGAAGGAGAUGAUUCGUCUCGCCUUCGGCCCCGAAUCUCUGCUCCACGCUGUCAUGGCCAAGGCGCGCAAGGACCUCGGCCUGCUCCUCCCGGCCUCGCCGACCUCCGUCGCGGCCGCCGGCCACGCGCCGUUCCUGCAGCUCCCACGCCAAAACUCCGGGCGCGCCGGCGCCCCAUCGCCGCUCUCGGUGUCCUCGCCGUCGUCAUGGGGGCACGCGCCGGCGUUCUCCAGGAGCAAUAGCACGAGUAAUGGUACUGGCACCGCGGAGGAGGCGGCGGGGGCUGGGGAGGAGCUGCCCAGUCCCGUGAACGGCGGCGCAGCGCCGUUCUUCCCUCAUCAGUCCGGGGACGCGCUCCUGGACGACUUGCAGCUGCAGGAGCAGCUUGCGUUCCUCAACGAGGGCAGCGCGAACCCGGCCCACCAGCUCCCGGGUUUCGUCGGCGGGGAGUGCCGGAGCCCCGGUCCGGGUGAUGCCUCUGGGAUGUUCGCGUUCGGCCUCGGGUGGCCCAACGGCGGCCCAGCGCACCGCCGGAGCUCGUCAGUCAACGAGUUCUGCCUUGGCGGCGGCGGCGGCGGCGAUGGUUUCGGGUGGAAGCCCUGUCUCUACUACGCGCGCGGGUUCUGCAAGAACGGCGGCAGCUGCAGGUUCGUACAUGGCGGUCUCUCAGACGACGCUGCUGCCUUCGCUGGCGCCAAGAUGGAGGCAGCUGCCGAUCAGCAGCAGCAGCAGCAGUGCCAGGACUUCCUCAUCCGUUCCAAGAGCCAGCGCCUCGGCUCCGCCGCCUUCCCCUACUCCUCCACCGGCUCCCUCCCAGGCUCGCCCUCCGCCGCUAGCAAGUGCCUCAGCUUUCUGCUGCAGCAACAGCAACAGCAGCACGACAGAGCCGCGGCGGCCGCGUCUCUGAUGCUGGGCGGCGGCGACGAGGCGCACAAGUUCAUGGGCCGGCCGCGCCUGGACCGUGCUGACUUCGCGAACAUGAUGAACCCGGGCUCGCGGCAGAUUUACCUGACAUUCCCGGCCGACAGCACGUUCCGCGAGGAGGACGUCUCCAACUACUUCAGCAUCUACGGUCCAGUUCACGACGUGCGCAUUCCCUACCAGCAGAAGCGCAUGUUCGGGUUCGUCACCUUCGUGUACCCAGAGACGGUGAAGCUCAUCCUGGCCAAGGGCAACCCGCACUUCAUCUGCGACGCACGCGUGCUCGUCAAGCCCUACAAGGAGAAGGGCAAGGUCCCCGACAAGUGCAGGAAGCCGCAGCAAGGGGACUUCUCCGGCUGCACGACGCCCACUGGCGGGCUGGACGGCGGGUACCCCUUUGAUCUGCACCAGCUCGGCGGCAGGAUGCUGCAGCACUCGAGCAGCGCCAACGAGCUGCUCCUACGCCGAAAGCUGGAGGAACAGCAGCAGGCCAUUGAGCUCCAGAGCCGUCGCCUCAUGGGUCUUCAGCUUCUCGACCUUAAGGCUCGCGCUGCUGCUGCAGCAGCAUCGCCACUGCCGACACCAAUUGGCGAUGCCUUCGCGUCCAGCCAACCUGUGAGCACCACCGCAGUCGAGUCGCCAUCGCCGCCAGAGUCCGGGCAGCAGCUGCUCAAGCUGAGGAGCGGAUUUGCUCUGGAGGGGAAGGUCAACGGUGGUGAUAAGGAGGAAUCUGCUCGCGAGGCGAGCCCAGACGCCGCUGAUAGCGACCAAAGCGGCGGAGAGCACAAUUUGCCGGACAGCCCAUUCGCAUCCCCUACGAAAUCUGCUGCGCUUUUGCAUGACAGUUUCACUGCCACGGAGACCGAGAGCACCGCCGCGUCCCGUGUUGGCGUGGAUGCCGGUGUCGGGAGCAAGAUCGACGGUGGAAGCAACCAUCUCCGCCCCCCCGCGUUGGAAAUCCCUUCGCCCAGCUCCUACUUCUUCCCCAUGCACAGGCUGUCCUCCGAUCACGGAGCCAUGGGGAUGUAAAGUUCACCAUUGUAGGCGAGUUAUACCCCCCAACCUAAUCAUAGAAUACUAGAAGCCAAGAAAAGCGAUGGUGGAAUAUAUAGGGAAAAAAAAAGGAGUCGAGUGUCAGCAUAGUGUUAGCUCCCUUAUGUUCUAGUACCUUUUUUAGAGGAUAGUUCUACUAAACCACAAGAGAAGAAGAUGCCAUUAGCCUUGAUUAAGAAAACGGCAGCAUAUGCAGUAUUGCCAGAUAUAAGUAUAUAUAUAUUAUAUAUACAAAUAAUCCAGUGUCACCCUAGUCUUUAGAGAGAGAUAUAUAAAUAGUAUCUGUACUUAAUGUUUACCAGUAGCAGGCAGGUAACAUGAGCACAAAGAUGUUACUGUGACACUGUCCUUGAUGUACUCUACAAUGACAGGCCCCCCAACCCACCCCACCCCCACUAGGUUUAUUAUACUAAAUGCGAGGUUAAUCCACGAUUCUGGUACCAGCCACAUGUCACAUGUAAAGAGCAGUACAGCUACAGCCUGCUGCGAGAUUCAUCAGAUAUUGUAUACUACUAGGCCACUAGGGAGGCCCAGUGACUGUAGAAGUGCACAUGACCAUGGCAGUUGUCUGUAAGCUAUUUUAACUGCUACUAGUGCAAGAUCCCAAGCCAGGAUAGAGAGUCAUAGAGGUGUGUGUGUAUGCGUGGGUGUCUCGGUAUGGGUCUCCUAGUAUGUCCGCAGUCUGCAGAGACAGGUCGCUGCAGAAUACUACUACAAUACUACUAGUACAUGAUUGUAUUGACCUAGUUGCGUGGAUGUAGUUGACAGUUUGACACCUCUAUCUACAGACAGAAUGGAAGUAAAAGUGAGAAAGAAAGUUUGUGCG